ACAACGGCUACCACAUAACCAGAUGACUCUCGAUAUCCUGCAGUUCAUCGACAACAAGGGGGGUAACUCUCAGGAGAUUCGGGAGUCCCAGCGUAGUCGUGGCGGAUCGGUCGAGCUGGUCGAUGAAAUCAUCCAGAUGUAUGCAGAUUGGGUGAAAAUGGACUUUGACGCGAAUCAGAUCAAGAAAGAGGUCAACGAUAUGCAGAAACAAAUUGCAUCCAAGAAAAAGGCCAAAGACUCUGCAGAUGAGCUUGUGGCGCAGAAGAAGGAGUUGGAUACGAAAGUGGAUUCUCUCAGGAAAGAGGCGAAGGAAUUUGAACUGACGAUGCGUCGUAAAGCAAGCACUGUGGGCAACAUCGUCGCAAAAGGCGUCCCUGUCAGCUUGACUGAGGAUGACAAUGUCACCAUUCGAACCUGGCACCCGGAACAAGAGAACGAUGAACCGCCGGUACGAGCCGGUAUCAUGCCUCAUCAUGAAGUUCUCCUCAGACUCGACGCUAUGGAUUUGGACCGUGGUGCAAAGAUUGCAGGACACCGAGGCUACUUCCUCACAAACGACGGCGUAGAUCUGAACCAGGCUCUCAUUGCUUACGCUCUCGAUUUUCUGCGAGGAAAGGGAUACAAAAAGAUCCAGCCGCCCUUCAUGAUGAACAAGGAACAGAUGGCCAAAACCGCACAGCUGGAUCAAUUUGACGAGGAACUGUAUAAAGUUGUUGGCUCGGACGACGAGAAGUAUCUGAUUGCAACUUCUGAGCAGCCAAUUUCUGCUUUCCACUCUGAGGAAUGGUUCGAAUCGCCAGAAACUCAACUUCCAAUCAAGUAUGCUGGCUACUCAACAUGCUUCAGAAAAGAAGCUGGUAGCGCCGGACGCGAUAUGUGGGGAAUCUUCCGAGUGCACCAGUUCGAGAAGAUUGAGCAGUUCCUCCUGACCGCACCCGACAAGAGCUGGGAGGCAUUUGAUUCGAUGAUCGAGAACAGCGAGGCAUUCUACCAAAGUCUUGGGAUCAGAUACCGCGUUGUGGCCAUCGUUUCGGGUGCUCUCAAUCUCGCUGCUGCCCAAAAGUUCGAUCUCGAAGCUUGGUUCCCUUUCCAGAGAGAGCACAAGGAGCUGGUUUCUUGCUCUAAUUGCACGGACUACCAGAGCCGGCGGCUCGAAGUGAGGUGUGGGAUCAAAACGAAGGAUCAGGCGCGUAAGGUCUACGUGCAUAUGCUCAAUGGAACGCUUUGUGCAACAGAACGGGCUCUGUGUUGUAUCGUGGAGAACUACCAGACUGAUGCGGGACUCCAAAUUCCGCCAGUGCUGCAGCCUUACAUGCAGGGACGGACAUUCUUGCCUUUUGUGAAGGAACUCCCUAAGAGCCUGCAGCAGAAAAAGCAGAUAUAACUUGUAUCGUGUAGACUGACUGCUAUGAUCGCUUGAUGAUUAUACGGAGGCUGAUACUGGUACAUCCAUCAUUUCGGCGUUGCACCUUUGAAUCUGGUGUAUAAUGCAAGCUGAGCGCAGAACAUUUGAACGCAGAAUAAGUCCCGGCAUCAGGCGCGUCAACGCUGGAAAAUCCAAGUUCUCGCCUGGGGUGCACCGCGACAAAUUGGGCCACGUGCCCACCGGUGGCUACCGAUGGUAUGUGGAGGUGUGGAGAAAGGAGAUGUGGGGUCAAGAUCUUACGUCACGAUCUUUCCUUGUUGCUCUUACACCCAUGUCUCGCGACAUUCGCAACCCUCUACUAUUCGAAUGUGCCUGGGAGGUUGCCAACAAGGUCGGCGGCAUAUACACAGUCAUCAAGACCAAAGUCCCAGUCACAGUCAGUGAAUACGGCGACCGAUACUGUCUCAUUGGCCCGCUCUCGUAUAAGUCCGCGCCGAUGGAGGUAGAGGCCGAGGAUCCCACCGAUCCGCACCUCGCCGCGACAUUGGAUUCAAUGCGCUCGCAGGGCGUGAAGUGCUUGUAUGGACGUUGGCUCAUCGAAGGCGCGCCUCACGUUCUACUAUUCGACACGGGCUCGAUGUAUAACCGUCUUGACGAGUGGAAGGGCGAUUUGUGGAACCUCGCUGGUAUUCCUUCCCCGCCCAAUGACACAGAGACGAACGAGACCAUCGUAUUUGGCUACAUCGUCGCGUGGUUCCUUGGGGAUUAUGUCUCCCGCCAGCUCACCACUGCUGUCGUGGCUCAUUUUCACGAGUGGCAAGCUGGUGUUGCGAUUCCUUUGUGCCGGAAGCGCCAUAUCGACGUCACCACCGUUUUCACCACUCACGCUACCCUUCUCGGUCGCUAUCUCUGCGCCGGUAGCGUCGACUUUUACAACAAUCUCCAAUACUUUGACGUUGAUCACGAAGCGGGCAAACGCGGCAUCUAUCACCGCUACUGCAUAGAGCGCAGUGCGACGCAUUGCGCUGACGUUUUCACCACGGUUUCUCAUAUCACAGCCUACGAAUCUGAGCAUCUUCUCAAGAGGAAACCCGAUGGUGUCGUUCCGAACGGGCUCAAUGUCGUCAAGUUUCAGGCCAUGCACGAAUUCCAGAACCGCCACGCGACCUCCAAAGCCAAGAUUGAUGAAUUUGUCCGGGGUCACUUUUACGGUCACUACAACUUCGACUUGGACCACACUCUCUACAUGUUUACUGCAGGCCGUUAUGAAUAUCGGAACAAGGGUGUCGACAUGUUUAUUGAGGCCUUGGCUCGUCUAAAUUAUCUCCUUCAGAAAGCAAAUUCAAAAACAACUGUGGUCGCUUUCAUCAUCAUGCCUGCCGCAACACAUAGCUACACUGUUGAGGCGCUGAAGGGGCAAGCUGUCACCAAACAACUGCGGGACGCGGUUACCGAGAUUCAGAACCGCAUCGGCGAAAGACUGUUUGAAACCGCGGCAAGAUUCCAAUCAGAAUCAUCUGCUGGUUUACCCGACGUCUCCUCUCUUCUGUCGGACGAGGAUCUCGUACUGCUUAAACGUCGUAUCUUUGCCCUCAAGCGCAACAGUCUGCCUCCUGUAACAACCCACAACAUGGCAGACGACAACAACGAUCCGAUACUGAAUCAAAUUCGCCGAGUUCGCUUAUUCAACUCUGCGUCGGAUCGCGUGAAAAUCGUUUUCCACCCAGAUUUCCUCAACAGCUCGAACCCUAUUCUUGGGCUAGACUACGAGGAAUUCGUGCGAGGCACGCAUCUCGGGGUUUUCCCGAGCUAUUACGAGCCUUGGGGAUACACUCCAGCGGAGUGCACUGUGGUACGUGGCUACAUUCGUGCCUGAGCACAAACAUAAUCCUUGUCUGUUAGAUGGGCAUACCGUCAAUCACGACAAAUUUAUCUGGAUUUGGGUGCUUUAUGGCGGAUCUGAUUGAGCGUCCUCAAGAUGAAGGAUGCUACAUUGUUGACCGCAGAUCACAGUCUGUCGAGGAUUCGGUGCAGCAGUUAGCCGAUCAUAUGCACUUGUUCACGCAGAAAACUCGUCGACAGCGCAUUAAUCAGCGUAAUCGUGUUGAGCGUCUUUCGCCGCUGUUGGAUUGGAAGAAUUUGGGAAUCGAAUACAGCAAAUCGCGACUGCUGGCUUUGAGAAGGGCUUAUCCAGACGCGUUUACCGACGAAGCUGAAGAGGGCAGUGAUUACUUCGGGGAACGGCAAGGGUGGAUGGCACCAAGCGUUCCGGCGAGCCCCAGGUUUAAAGGGACGGCAACGCCAGGUGACAUUGGGACGUUGACUGAAGAGAUGCAAACCCUCGAGACUAGCGAUUACAGAGGCUUCAACUGGCCUGGCUCCCAGGAGGAAGAGGAUUCGUAUCCCUUCCCGCUGGUCAUGAAAGUACGCAGUCGUGCGGGCAGCGUGAUGAGCGGAGCGAGCACGCCCGGUGGCGGAGCAUUCCGUAGUCUGAGCGAACGCGAUCUGGCCCAAGCUGAUGCUGCGUUAAGCAAGGUGGAAGGAGUCAACGGGACGAAUGAAAAUGGAAAUGGACACUAAUUUACGCGUGCUAUGUGCUUUAUCAUACGGACAAACAAACAUAGAGCUCCGACUUGUGUCAAAUGAUUUUGUUUCGAUCCAGGCGCUUCGCCCAGACAGGCUCACACAAGGAAACCUUUGAUGAAGGGCUAGAGCCUGACAAGAGUGGCUGGUCAGAAACCGCAUGGGCCUUAUAUUAGGUUGUUACAAUGUCGUUCAGUUGUUAGCGAUUCAAUCAAUCUACAGCAGUGACUCUCUCUCUCCUCCAAUCGUAUCCCUCUGUGUAUUCGAAGGAAUCCUCAACAACCGCCACGUAAGGCCAACACCAAAUGCAGCACGGCGCCGGCGUUGAUAUUGAAAUCCUUGGCAGUCUUGUCAUCGGGCCUGUAGUAAAUGAUCAGCGAUGUGCUUGCCUCGAAAAUUGGGAACGGGUAUCGUCGCGAGGAGCACGAAUCAGAGAUCAGCCGUUGCUGGGGAGGGGGGACGCCGGACUGUUCUUCGACUUUCUCCUUGAUGCGAGUGAUCUAAAAUGGGGUAGCCUCAGAUAUCGUGGCAAGGCAAAGAUGUGGUGGUUCCGAAUGUAUGGAAGAAAGCGAUAGUGAUGCAGGAAGUAGUAUAGGAGAGUAGAACCUUGUCUUCAGGGUCAAUGUCCAGCUCGAUCUGUAGAUAUAUGUGCAUCGAUUUAGGGUCAUUUGCCAUCUCACUCGAAGAAACCAACGUGCCUCCUUCCCAGUCAGUGUCUGGUGAACCAGGUCAGUGAUGGCAAAGCGACUGUAUGAUAGAUCGAAAAGAACCUUACCUUGACUUUAAUUAACAUAGUAGCGAUUUCGGUCUGAUUCACGAUCGAAGAACAGGCGCUUGAGAUUCACUGAGAGACUGAGCAGAGUGGAAGGACGGAUGGAGGUGUUUGGACAAGAGUGUUACAUCAAUCAAUUGAUCAAUCUUAUCAUAUCCUCCUCACGCACCAACAACAGAAGGCCGUCGUUCAGUCUCUUACAGACGAGGAGACGACAGGGGAAGCUGUCGUAUCUCUCUGAAACAUCUCUUCAAGGACUCCGGCCUGCAAUAAACACUAGCUUCCCAGCCUGCAUCACAAUUCAACAUAAUGUCUUAUUCCAACAUUACUCCCAUGGCCACACCCAACCCAGUCACUCUCCCAGUUCCCUCUACAACUCUUCCUCCUAAUGUCUCCAAUCAUAUACCAAACUCGACAUCCGGUGGCAAAGACAGAUAUUAUCUUGAGGCCCUUCAUCGCGCACUUGCGACAGGCGAUUGGGCGGCGGCAUUUCCCGCCAAGGCGCCGAAUGGGCAGCUACUGAGUUGGGGGGAGGUUCUGCGCAAGUUCAGGAAGCAUACCUAUGCGGCUGGUUUAACGAAGGCGCGGGAGAUGGCGGAGGUGGCGGAGAGCGUUUGGACAGUUGGGCUUUUGCUCGACAGUGGGUCAGGAGAUACAGGGGGGGCAGGAGGAGGAAUGAGCGAUUUACAGACAGAAAGCGAGGCGGAAUUACCUGUGCACCUCGGCGAUAGUGUCAUGGUUCCAUCCCAACACUGUGACGAGGCGAGGGCAAUAUACGAGUCACUCAAGAAGUCGGGAGCAGGGAACGGUGAAGAGUCUCCGACGACUCGACGGACGCUGGCAUAUCUGGCCUAUGCGCUGGGUGACACUGCAGAAUGUCUGGCGCAUCUUGGACAGCUCUCCGAUGUUGCGACUGUUGGCACAUCGGGAGACGACGGUGAUCGGCGUACGGCGACGCUCAAGGUCACUGCGAUGGAUCCGACCACUUCUUGGACCAUUAGUCAGCUUUCGACGACAACGACUGGUCCUGAUGGAGAGAGCAUCGAUGCGGUCGGGUUGUGGAGUCUGAUCGAAGUCAUGAGGAGUGUGUGUCUUUAUGGCAUGGCAAAAGAAAAACUAGGAGACGUGACCAGCGCGCUGUCGACGUAUCUAAACGCGCUGCCUCUUGUAGCGAGACCCCCGCCACCGUUUGCCAUCACCUGCGAGCUGUGGCGUUGGACAGAAAUGCUGUUGUGGCGGGGAGUCGUUCUGGCGGCCUUGACCCGCGAUGAAGCGCUGUGGCGCGUUUUCGAGCUGUAUGCGACGCUGAGCGCAGGAUGGCCAGCAUCGUUCCGUGCCGGUCAUCGGUGUGUUGUGGCAACCCUGCAUCUGCGAGCCUGUGUCCUCACCAAGAAUGUGGCUGAUUCGAAACAUAUUGUCGAUGGUUUGAGGGUAGUUCUGGCCGCUUCCACUCGUUUCCCCAAGGCAGGCGAACGAAACACCCGGGUGGAGGAUUUCGUGGAUUUGAUUGUGGCGGUGUGGGAAGUGGGUGGUGGUGAGCCUGGAUGGAUCAUCGAGCACCUCUGGUGGGCCACACGACUGACUUUCAACUCGCAUCGCAUCAUGCGGCAUCUCACGCGCCUGCUUACUGUUUCGGGUGACACAAAUCUCGCGAAGGAGACUCUCCUGCUGUACGUACAGAUUGUCAGCAAGGCUGCGCAGACAGGCUUGUCCGAGGACGCCGACACAGACACCCACUUCGUACAGACCCUCGUCAGCGGGGCUCGCAUGCUUUGCAAGAUCGGGGAUGUUGUCACUGCGCGGACGUUGAUCAAGGCCGUGCGCUCAGGCCGGCUGGAUCCGAGCGCAAUUGCUUUGGUGGCGAGCGUAGAUCUGGCGGAGGGUGUGUCUUGCCUCGUUGCGGGCCAGGUCGAUGAAGCACACGCUUUCUUUGUCAAAGCGGUCGAUGGGAAUCCGGGCGCCGCCAGUCACUAUCACCUGGCGAUGACGUACGCCUGGCCAGGGGCGACUGCUUUUGAUCUAGAGAAGGCGCUGGCGAACGCCGGACUGGCAGUCGAAAGGGAUCCUGGAGAAGUGCGACACUGGCAUCUGCUAGGGCUGCUGCUUGCGGCAAGCGAACAGUGGAAGGCUGCGGAUGAGAUCCUCGAGCACGCCGAGGCCUUGCCGGUCGUUUCUCCUGCUAUCGGAAUCGAGGGACUACCCGUUACGGAGCCGGUGGUCGAUAUGUUGUUGAUGGAUGAGAUGGGCGUGCCCCCGUCCGACGGGCUUUUGAUGGCGGUGCAAGAUCAUCCACCAGCGUCCCGGGCCGAGAUGUUUGAGCAUGCAUUGCAGCUAAGGAUGACACAUGCCGUGUUGACUGAACGCGUGGAGGGCCCCGAAGGCGCCGAGUCUAAAUGGCUUGAAGUAUUUCAGUGGAUUGCGGAGCAGCGUGGAUUGGAUAUCGCUCACGUCAGCAAAGACAGUGAGCCACGAGAGGAAGAUUCGCAACCAGUCCCUCCGCCUCCAAUCCCAAUCAUGAUCGAGCCUGCCACUCCAGAUGAAUCAGACGCAAGAAGCUCGGUCGAGCGAGACCCGACAACAGGCAAGAAGAAGAUGCAACAAAUGCUCAAGAACCGUGUGCAUCAGGGACAAGCGCGCAUCAGCACCAUUUCGCGUCGCGUACGAGGCCACCAUGGCAAUGCGCUUCGGCGUACACUGUCGACACCCGACUUCCAUGCAGUGUUCAAGCAGACAGUCUACCAGGCAUCAUCGAUUCACUCGCGGCGGAAGCUAGGAUUAGGAUCUGGUUCAGGAUUCAACUCGGGUGCGCCUUCAGUGGCGGGCUCAGUGCUCCAAGUCUCGCCUCCUCCCCCAUCACCUUCACUGUCACCUGUCACUGUAUCUCGAGAAUCACGGCUCGAGAGUGAUUUGUGGCUCAUGUCUGCUGCCACAUUUCGAAGACUGGGUAAGAUUGAGCAGGCCAAAGGUGCGAUUCAAGAGGCUGAAGUCCAAGAUGCGACCAACCCAGGAGUCUGGGUCCAGUUGGGGCUCUACCAUCAAGCUCUGGGGCAGAUGCAGCAUGCAGUAGAUGCUCUCCAAAAGGCCCUAUGGAUUGACACGGAGUGUGUCGCAGCGGCGGUCGGGUUGGCAGCUGUAUAUCUUGCUGAUAAAGAUGGAGGCAGGGCAAAAGUUGAUAUGGUGGCUGGAAUGCUUGCCCACCUAGUGUGCGGCCGGGGCCGGUAUAUUCCUGAGGUUUGGUAUUUCCUUGGCAAGGCUUAUGCCUGUCAAUCUCGGAUGUAUGCUGAGAAGGAGUGUUUGAGCCAAGCACUAAGGUUGGCAGAGCAGCAAAGUGUGAGAGAGCUUAGGCAGGCAUUGGGCUUGUGCUUUUAGUCUAUCUUCACUUAUAAUCUGUCUGUGGCAUGAGUUAGGGAUAACAUGACUUAGCCCUUCAACCUGUAC